GUGGACAAGUGGCACCUUACUCCCUGCUCACCCGCUGCCUCCACAUACUCGUUGCUCUCUCGUCUACUUGUUUCAACACCCGCUGGCAUGAUGAGAUGAUUGUCAGGGGGUGUUUUUCCAACUGAUUAUGCAAUCUUUGUUGAACUAUUGCGGGAGUCGUGAAAACCCUGGUAGCUGGCGCUAGACAAUUAUGAAAAAAAAGUAGUCGAGAGAAGACGAAACGUUUAGGUGUCGCAGCAGCAUCAGCCUUGGCCAGUGUGCAUGCGUGCGGCUGAUGCUGCUUGGCCCAGUAUUGCUUCAUGGUACAGUCAUUGGCGGGGUGGGUCUGGGGCUAAUUCCUCAUGCGUUGUUGGGUAGUGAUGUGCCGUUCGCGAACGAUAUGGCUCAUAAUACUGGCUCUUUUAAAUGAGUUCUACAUCAAGACUCAUCUGGAAACUGAUACAUCAUUGAGACACUGUGGACACCAACAUAGGCUUUUUUAGCCUAGGGUGCCACAUUGUGAAGCCAUAGGACAAGAGUGGCCUUGAGGAACGGUGAAGAAGAAAGGAAGAGAAGAGGGACGCACCUGGAGCAUCAUGGCAGAUGAAUGUGUUGUGUGUGGGGAGGCAGAGGAAGGAAAGCCCCUGUACAAGAAACUUGGUUCAGGAGAGUUCAAUGUGGAGGUGAUCACAGCACUCAAGGCUUUGCAGAUGGUGAGCAUCCCAGAAGCAGCCAAGAACAGCAGCUAUAUUUGUUGGGACUGUGAUGAGCUCAUUGUGGAGCAGUAUGAUAGGUAUCUCCAGGAGCAGCAGGUGGCAGCAGUGGUACAGAAGCAGACAAAGAAGCAGCAGCAGCAGCAGCAGCAACAGCAGCAGCAGCAGCAGCAGCAGCAAGGCAAGAAAAAGAAAAAAUCAAAACCAAGCAAACUGAAGCUGAAGAUCUCCAAGGAUGCCAAGAGAGAGAGUAAAUGGGGCAUAAGCAAGCCUCAGUCACAGAAACAGAGCACCAAGAAGCCAGGCACUGUUGCUGACAGUGGCACCAGUACUGUUGUAACCACCCUUUCCAAAACUAAGCGGCUAGAACAGCAGCGUGCUGCCAAUGCCUACCAUUCCUCCCAUUGCCUUAUGUGUGACAACAACUUUGAGACUGAGAGACGCAUUUAUCAGCGCUUCUCCCUCAAGAACAGAAUAAAUGAUGAAAUGGACAUUGCACAAGUUAUGGAGGUACUUGGCCUAGCAAGGCAUGUUGCCCCUGAACUGAAGGCACGCAGGUUUGUGUGCAACCCUUGCUUCUUCAUCAUCCGUCGCAACUACAAGGACAAACUGAUGAAAGAAGCAUCAGAGGAGGCCAAAACGAUCCCCUUGUCUUCAACCCCAAGCAGCCUCGGCUCUCAGGGAACCAUUCAUCGCGCCACCACUGAGGAGCAUGCUGCUGAGAUUGCCAAGUUGCUGCCUCCCGGCCUGGCCGAGUGCUACAAGAUAGUGACUGAAAACCCAGUGAUCAUAAGACAGGAGACAGUAAGCAUUUCAAAGAAAGGUUUUGCUGAUGGAAAUGUUUGUCAGGUAGAUGAAGAAGAGCAAGACUUUGAGGAAUGGAAAAGAGACCAGGAUAAUGAUGAUGAUGAUGAUGAUGAUGAUGAUGAGGAGGAGGAGGAGGAGGAGGAGGAGGAGGGAGCAUUACAAGUGUCUCAAGAUGAACAUGGUAAUUACUUUAUUGAUAUUCCUGACAAAGGGGACAGUGCAGAAAACAAUAAAGUCUUCACUGAACAGCAGACAGCUGCUCUUCAGACUGUUCGGAGGAAGAAGAAUGUAUUGCUGCCGAGAAGGAUGCACAAACACCUCUCCUUCAGUUCUCAGGCAACACCAGACACACACACAGACAUCUCUGGGGAAGACAAUGGGGAGGACAAGGAGGAGGAAGAGUACAAGAAGAGCUCAUCUGUCUCCACCACACCACCUCAAGAAUCAAGCAGGAAGUGUAACAUCUGUGGUAUUACCAUCACUGGCAAACCUUCCAGCUGGUGGCACACCCUUGCCAGUCCUCUGGAUGGUUUGGAGACCAUCAAUGUCACCACUGCCCUCAAGCUGCUGGAGACUUGCCUGACUAGUCUCAGCCAGAGUGUGCAGGAGGAUCAUUCUGUGUGUCUUCCUUGCUACACCAAAGUCUCCACAGGAAUGAAGUCCCAGGUGGUGCAGAGGAUUGCACGUCACAAAAACAUAGAUGUUAGUGAAGUGAACCUGUCACGAGUGAAAGUGCGAAUGGUUCCCAAGGAAUGCCCGCAGCUGGGUGAGGUGUCUGGCCCACAGGAAAGGAUCAGUGGGGCAGCCAAGUCAUCAGAAAUGUCAAGGUCAAGUGAGAGGUCAACAGAGAGCUGUCCUCCCCAAGUCAUGUCAGAGGAGAGUGGUGAUGGUGAGAAAGAAAACAUGGAUAUUGAGAAACAUGGCCACAAGAGAAAGCUUAACGAAGAGAAUGUAUUCUCUGACAAAAAGAGAAAGCUAUACGAAAGUGAUGUUGACAUGAUGACGGUUAUGAGUGUCCCUGAUGGUGAGGCAAAGUCCAGUCAAGAUUAUACUAGUUCAGGCACACUACCAGUCUUCUCUCCCAGAGGUGGCAGAAGGAUUCAUUGUUUUAGAGGAAGGAAUGGAAGGUUUUUGAAAAAGGCAGCACCAGAAAUGUUUGGUGUUACGGAGGAGUCACAGUCACAGCAGGGAGGGACUCUUGUCACUGAUGGCCAGGAAGAGAAGACACCUGUGUUACAAGGCUCCUCAGAAGGAGUGAAAAAAACAAACAAGGAGUGCAAGGAAACAGAACCUUUAGUAAUCCUCAAAGAUCUCAAGUUUGUGUUGCCUCAAGAAGCAUUUAGUGGGAAGACAGUGUCAUCUCAUAAGAUAGAGAGCAUCAUAGAACCUUCAAGACUACUUUCAUCUGAGCAGCCACUAGCCUCUCACAGUGAGAUGGACACCACCUCAUCCCCUCUACAGCUUGUCUUCAAUGUCCUAUCUACAUAUCAUCCCCUGCCAAGUAUCACCAGAGAGGCAGCUCCAGCAGCCAGCACCCCAGAGCACACAGCUUCUAAAGUGAAUGGCUGCUGUGUGGUGUGUGGUGUCAAAUACUUGGUACCUCUGAGUUAUUGGCACACUGUGGAGGAAAAUAUCCGGCCUCCUACGCUGCUGGUGCCUGUUCGAUGGGUGUGUAUCUCCCUGGCCAUUCCCCUCCCUGAGGUCUCUGCAGAGGAUGCUCGCCUUGCCAGGGUGUGCAAGACCUGCUUUGAGCAUCUUGGAGAUCAGUUUGAAGUGUUUGUGAAGAGGAAGGUGGGAGAGUCAUGUGGAUUGGACGCUGAUGCUGUGGAUCUGUCAGAGUACUUGUUCACCUUCAACACAGAAACCAUGAACCUGGAAGCUGACCCAAAGCAGCAGUCAUACAUUCAUGAGUUUGAGGAUAUAGGACAGUUGCUUCAAAGAAUACAGGUGCUGGUGGAACAGUUCAGCAUGGAUGAGGUGAUUGGCGAAGGUAAACGUCAGCCAUUGCAGGAGCAGCACUUCUCUGUGUGGCUGGUGUUGGUGCUGAAUGAACUCAGGAUGCAGGUGGGAGCUGCUAUUGGGGAUCUGGCCUGCUGGCUGGCAGCCCUCAUGCCUGUGGACAUGUAUGAGAGUGGGCUGAGGCCGUGCCCUAACAACCUGGCCUCCUUCCUGCUGAACACCACCCAGUGCUCCAAAGCCCUGACAGGAGAUGUGCUGGAGGGACCAAUUCCUGCUUGGGUUUUUGUAGGUGCUGACACACUUCAGGCCACUCAGGCAGGUACAGUGCAGGACAACAGAAAUGUGGGUGAAGAUCUGUGCUGGGAAGACUUCUUGCAAUAUGUGAACCUUGAUGCUCUAAUGGGAGGGAAAGCCACCCCAGUCUCAGUGGUGCACUUCACACAGGGGCUUGUGUAUGCCGUGUGGCGCACCUCUCAGCUGCUCGGAGAGGGGGAGCAUCAGGUGGUAGACUGGCUGAGACAGCUUUCCCCACUCCCCCUCACUAAGGAACAGCUGGAAAGUCUGGUCACAAUGAUCGGAAAGCUGCACAACCAUCUUGAGGAUCAUCCUGAAGACAUUCAUGAACUAGAGUGUGCAAUUAUUCCACAGUUACAAAAUGAACAUUGUGCAUCACAACCUCCAUCAGACUAUUUGAAAGCAGUCAACUUAUCUUGGCCUAGUGUUCUAGCCUACAGCAGUCGUGUGUCAGGUGAAGACACAGAUGGUGUUGAAGUUCACAAUACUUGCAAAAGUUUUGAACCAAAGAAAGAGAAAAGUAAUGCUCCCUGUACCAAGAAAACAUCAAUAAUGAAAAACAGAAAAGAAAGUCCUACAUUUAAACACAAAAAAUCAAAGAGAUUUAAAUCACAUCAUUCAGAGAUGCAAGCAAAAGUACCAAAAAGUGAUGACAGUAAUAGGGCAACAAUCAACAGUCCAUCCCAAGCCACACCAUCAGGAGUAGACACACACACUUCUUGUUUUCCACACCCAGAUAAUCAUCCAGAAGACUCAAAUAGAGCUCUUGCUCGAUCUCAAUCUGAAUCACUGCAAGAUGAUUCCAUUGCUCACAAACCAGUUGAUGGAACUGCCAUCUCUGUGCCAGACCCAGGAUUCUUAUCAAAGGCUUUGGAGAGGACUGCAAUUAAUGAUGAGAUUGAGGGCAAGCUUGCAUCCAUCACUGGAAUCUCAGAAGCUGCACUCACUGUUGAGUCUGAGGAGGCUUUAUCUGUCAGUGGAACCUCACAGCAGAGUAUUGGUGGGUCAGAUGAAGUCAUACCUUUUAGUGAAACAUCCCAACACACUACUGAUGAGUCUGGUGAAGAAGUUAUACCUGUCAGUGAAACUUCAGAACAAACUGCUCAAAAUACUGGUGAAGAACUUAUAUCUGUCAAUGGAAUAUCAGAACAAACUAUUGGUAAAGAAGCUACACCUGUCAGUGGAACUUCAGAAGAGACAGUUGCCAUGAUUGGAACUUCAGAACAAGCUACAGCCACUACUGGGAUUGGUGAAGCUGAGCCUCUUGAAGAGACAGUUAUUAUCACUGAAUCUCAAAAAACUGUUCCUACCAGUGAAGCUUCAGAAAAGACCACAGCCACUACUAGGUAUACUGAAGAGAUUGCUGCCUUCAAGAGUACCUUAGAAGAUACUGUAGCUACCAGUGGAACCUCUGAAGUGACCACCACUACUGAGCCUGCUGAAGACACUCGGAUCAUCAUUGAAACCUCGGAGAAGAAUGCAAGAGUUACUGAGCCUAUUGAAGAUGCUGUUGCCACACAUUAUGCUGCUGAUGAAUCUGAUGCUGUCAAUGGAACCUCAGAAGAGACUGCAUUGACCAAAGAAACCCUGGAAAAGACUGCAGUAAUAAAUGGAACCUUGGAGUUGGAGAAAACUACAGCAACUGGUGGAACAUUUAACAAGAUUGCAAUGGCUAGUACAAUCUUAGAAAAAGAUAUGUUGACCACUGGAACCUCAGAAGAGAUAGUAGUUGCUUGUGGAUAUAUGGAAAAGACUGCAGUUGCCAGUGAAACCUCAGAGAAAAUAGCUUUGUCCAGUGGAAUCUCAGAAAAGGCUUUAGUGAUGAGUGGAUCCUCAGAAAAGACUGCCUUGACCAGUGGAAUCUUUGAGAAGAUGGCAGUGGGCAGUGGAACCUCAAAGGAGAUUGGACUGAUUAUAUCAAAAGAGAUAUUAGUACCAAAUGAGUGUUCUGAAGAGACCACAGCCACUGAAGUCUCUCUUCAGUACGCUCAUACAGAUACCACUCAGCUUGCUGCAGAGGUGCCUGCUUACUUAACAUCUGCAAAAGAAACUGCAACCAGCAGUGAAAUCUCAGGAAAGACUGCUGCCACUCCUGAACCUUGUGAAGAAACACAGAGCACCAGUGGAAUCCCAAAAGAGAUUAGUGCUUCUUUUGAACCCACAAAAAAGACUGAGGUUAAUGCAGCACCUACUGAAGUGACUGCAGGCACCAUUAAGAAGUCUGCAGCUUCCCUUAAUUAUCCUCAAGAAACUUUGACUACUGCAGGACUUGACCCCAAUGCCAAGACCAUUUGUCAGUUUCAGGGGGACACUUCACUCACUACUCAAGAGGCUGGUGCUGUAUGUGAGUCUUUAGGACAAAGAAAAGCUACACAUGAUCAUUCUGAAAAGAUUGCAAGUACAGCUGUGCAUACCACAGAGAUUACUACUGCCAACACUAAACCUUCCACUACCACCAGUGGCAGUCACACCACAGAUGUCAGGAUGGAUGCUGUCAUGACCACCACUACUCGAUAUGCACCAUCUUCAUCCUCUGUCACAAACAUGCUCACUACACCAGGCACAGAGAAUGCUACCAACACCACACAAGUUACUGAUGUUCCACAAGAGACAGUAGCUACAAGUGUGGAAGCAGAGACCUCAAAGACACAAAUGAUUGAGCUUGAUGACAUUUUCAUUAAAACUGUGGGCUCUUUCACAACCUUGGACUCAACACCUGAUCAGAGUUAUACAGACACAGCCUUACUCCCUUCCCCUGAUAAGACCUGUGCAGGCACAGCCUUGGUCCCUUCCCCUGAUAAGACCUGUGCAGACACAGCCUUGGUCCCCUCCACUGAUAAGACCUGUGCAGACACAGCCUUGAUUCAUUCCCCAGAUAAGACCUGUGCAGACACAGCCUUGGUCCCUUCCCCUGAUAAGACCUGUGCAGACACAGCCUUGGUCCCUUCCAUUGAUAAGACCUGUGCAGACACAGCCUUGGUCCCCUCCACUGAUAAGACCUGUGCAGACACAGCCUUGGUCCCUUUCCCUGAUAAGACCUGUGCAGACACAGCCUUAAUCUCAACACCUGAUGAGAGUUGUGCAGACACAACCUUGAACUCAACACCUGAUGAGAGUUGUGCAGACACAGCCUUGGUCUCAACACCUGAUGAGAGUUGUGCAGACACAGCCUUGGACUCAACACCUGAUAAGAGUUGUGCAGAAACAACCUUGGUCUCAACGCCUGAUAAGACCUGUACAGACACAGCCUUGGUCUCAACACCUGAUGAGGGUUGUGCAGACACAGCCUUGGACUCAACAUCUGAUAAGAGUUGUGCAGAAACAACCUUGGUCUCAACGCCUGAUAAGACCUGUACAGACACAGUCUUGGUCUCAACACCUGAUGAGAGUUGUGCAGACACAGCCUUGGUCUCAACACCUGAUAAGAGUUGUGCAGACACAGCCUUGGACUCAACACCUGAUAAGAGUUGUGCAGACACAGCCUUGGUCUCAACUCCUGAUAAGAGUUGUGCAGACACAGCCUUGGUCUCAACUCUUGAUAAGAGUUGUGCAGACACAGCCUUGGUCUCAACACCUGAUAAGAGUUGUGCAGACACAGCCUUGGUCUCAACACCUGAUAAGAGUUAUGCAGACACAGCCUUGGACUCGACACCUGAUAAGAGUUGUGCAGACACAGCCUUGGACUCAACACCUGAUAAGAGUUAUGCAGACACAGCCUUGGUCUCAACUCCUGACAAGAGUUGUGUAGACAACUCUAAACAACAUUCUGUGGUGAAAGUAUUGUCAAGUGAAGUGUUUUCAAAGAAAACUUCUGCUCAAGCCAUAAAUCAUAAAUCAAAAGUCAUUUUAAAGAGAACAAAUGAAUAUGAUAAGAAAACAACAGAUUUACAGCUUCAUACCUCAAGGAAAGGUUCAGAAUCACAGGUGGAGUUUGAGCAGAAGAAUGAAUAUCAUGUCAAUUAUGUGAAGCAGAAUGGCUCAAGUCCUAGUGCUAAGAGAAGCUCCGGUGGGACAAGCAACAACACUUCAGCCAAAGUUUGCAUUGUGUCUGUCGCCAAGAAGGAGGGGAACACACUGCAUCAACCACAGGACACUGUUGUUCAGGGCAUGGAAAAGAAUAGUGUGCAAAUUAUUCAUAAAUACAAGAAUGAUUCACCCGAGAAGAAUGCAAUGCUGUCAUCCAAAAAUUCUAAAGACACUGAAGUGUUACCAAGCAAAAAGAGAGUUCCUCAAGAAGUACCUCUAGAUGUACAUAGCAGUAAACCAUCUCUACACAGAAGUGAAAGGGUGUGCAUCAAAGUCUUCUCCAAGGAUAAGACCUUAAUACAAGAAAAUCACAACAUUGAGAGCUUGAUGGGAAAUAAAAAAGAAAGUGUGUGGCAAUAUCAAAACCCUUUUAAAGAGAGAUUAAAACCAGUGAAAGAAGACAAGACCAGUUGUGGCUCAUCACCAGGCGACUUGAUAUAUCACCAAGAAGACACUGAGAUCUCCUCUCUGUCAUCCCCAAAGUCAUCUUCCAAACAUGUAAGGCUUGCCAGUGUUAGUCAUAUCAGAGAUAAACUAAAGCACAGUAGUAGUAGAAGUGAAAAAUAUAAAUUGGAAGUUACAAAUAAUUAUACUACUCCAAAGGUGAAUGAAAAUGUUCCUGUCUUGAAAAAUUCAAAACACAAAAACUUUUGUGCAGAGGGAACUUCAGGGAGGCAUCAUAAAGUUCUUAGUACAAGUGUAAAGAAAGUUAAAAACAAAAAUGUCGAAAAUUAUGAUAAAGAAAAAGUGGAUGAAAUACCAGAAAAUUCUAGAGAUGGAAAGAAAUGUACAAACAAAAAGUACCAUAAACCAUUGACUCCAAAAAGUACAAAGGUUGAUGUGGAUGAUAAGAAGAAAAGCUUUGAAAAACCGUCAGGGAAAUCUUUAUUGUUAGAAGAAAACAAACAGUCCAAGAAAGGCAAGCUUUCCUCCACAAUAAGUGGAUCAGAAAGAUGUGUGAGUAAAAAUGUGCCAGGUGUGACCCCAACCAAGCAAGUCACACCUUGCAGAAAGCCAAAAGAGAAGAAACAGAAACUCACUUUUGAGGAGCUCAUGAAUUAUGAUGCUGGCGGCCUCGGCCAUUCCUAGGUACCUAGUAACUGUAUUGUACAAACCCAUGUAAAUGUUGUACAGUUCAUUGUGUCUUAGGGUGUGUAGGCUUCCUUGAAAUGUACUUCUCAUUUAGUUUUAGAAGUAAGCAUUUUAAGGAAAGGAAGACAAUUUUAUGUUACUUUAUAUAUAUAUAUAUAUAUAUAUAUAUAUAUAUAUAUAUAUAUAUAUAUAUAUAUAUAUAUAUAUAUAUAUAUAUAUAUAUAUAUAUUAUUAUUAUUAUUAUUAUUAUUAUUAUUAUUAUUAUUAUUAUUAUUAUUAUUAAAAGGUAACAGUUCACUUCAUUGUGUGUAUGUUAAGGUGUGACCUAGCAUGUGUGUGUGUUGGGUGAGAUCUGGCCGAGAGUGAGGAAGUUACAGCCUAAGGAAUGCCACACACAUGGUAGAGAAUAACAAGGCACAUCAGCCUGUGUGACACAGUAGGCAGUGGCUAGGUACAAAAUUUGUAUAAUUCUUGCUAUCACCAGUAUUUGAGUAUGAUUUGAUGAUUUAUUCAGUGAGUAAUGCAUGGUCAGUUAUGAAAUACAUAUGCUCCUUAAUGCAAGUUCCCUGGGAUGCAAAUUGGUCAAAUGUAUAUAAACCUUUCCUUUAUUGGUAUUGGCAGCACAUAUAUUAGUCAGAUUUUAAAUGUGGCAUCUCAUAUCAAGUACAUAUUUAGUGUGGAGGGAAAAGUUUAUGAUAAAAAAUGGAGAAAAAAAAGAAUAUUGUCUUAAAAAUUCAUGACCCCAAAAGCAAAUAGGAAGAAUUUUAUAGAACAAAAUUUUUAGGAGAUUCUAGUCUUCCACAGAUUUCUGGUCAGUUGGUAUUUCUUAUGUUUCUUCCAUAUUCUUGCUGUGAUAGACAUUUUGCAAGGAGGAUAUGUCUGUCAUUCUUCAUGCAUUUGGGCAUUUAUUUCAUAAUGAUGUAAAGUUGUAAUUUUUUUGGGGGGAUGGGAAGAACAGAGUUGCUUGUUGGAUAAAGAUGUAUUGCUAAUAGAAGAUGCGAGGCAAAUUAUUUACAAAAAAAAAUAUGCUCACAAACUGUAUAUAGCAUUAUUGAAGAAUAGGCUCUUACAGAUUUAAUUCAGUAAAUUACAUGUAAGUAAAGGAUUAAUGUACUUGUUCUAGUUCUAUCAAUUUUCUAUCAGUCUGUAUUGAUCUAUCCAUCUAUCACUGACAUCUGUUCCCAAGAGCUUUCCCAAGGAGGUGGCUGUGAGAGAGUUCCGAAGUGUAGCAGUAAACUGCCUCAUAAUAGAUUGCAAGAUAUUCUGAUAAUUAUGAUCACGGAUUGUAUCUAAAUUCUGCCACACAAAAAACUAAUUUAGAGCCGAAAGAUAAGUCCCUAAUUAUUAGUAUCUCUUUUCUCUCAGAGAGCAUCCUCCAAGGGGUGGCCAUAGCUAAAGAUCCUAAACCUUUCGUUUCUUGCUUCUUCCUACCUUCUCUUACACCUAUUUCACAUGUAAUCCUUUACCUUUCCAUCUUCCAAGUGGCCUUUCUCUCCUUUUAGGAUGUUAAUUUUCAUUUAUUCUUUGUCUCUGUCCAUAUAUGACCAAAACAUUUUACUUUUCCUUACAUUCAGCUCAGUUUCCAUCUUGCACACAUUUAUUGAUCCACCACUGGUAGAAAGAUCAUUCAUUCUGCAAGCAACACAAUGCCAUCUGCAGACAGACAUGCUAUCACAGCCCAUCCCAUUCCAUCCAGUCUUAGCUUUACACAAACAUUAACCAGUAAAUUUUCACCAUCUUUAUGCACCCACCCAUACAAAUAUUAAACUUAGGAACAUAAACAUAACACAUGACCUGUUUUUAUUGUAAAACCAAGCUCCCCCUCCAACCUCACAUCAGCAUUUGUCUCCAUAUAAAAAGACUUCAUUCCUUGCAACAACUGUUGCUUGUAUACUAUAAAUUUCAAGAACAUUCCAGAGAGCUUCACUGUUAGUACUUUAUUAUAUGCUUUUUCUAUGUGCAUGAAAACUGCAUUCACAUUUUCUCUUUCCGAAGUACGUUAUUAUGAUGGGAGCUGGACAGCUGUGUGGUGGUGCUCUGUUUCCAGUAGGGCUUGUAGAUAGUGUGGUUGUUUACAUGAGAUCUUGAUAAGAGGAGUAGCACCAAGUUAUAUAGUCUCAUAUCUAGUUUGGGAAUUCUUAAAUUCUAUACUGGCAUUCCUAUUGUGAAAAUGUUAUCAAUACCUGUUUUUUUCCCUCUCGUAAGUACGCCCUGCUCCUCACUAACCUCUCAUGCACACCUUUUCCCCUCCCGCUGCUUGCUCUCUCCUAAGUUUCUCCCAAACUUUCAUAAAUGAAUUACUUACUUCUAUCACCUUUACUUUCUAUUUCCGAGAUAUGUACUAAGUUGUUCUCCUCACAUUUAAUAAAUCUCAACAGUAUUUUAGCUCAUUUGUAAGAAUAAUCAUGUUGUAAUAUCCAGUUGGAAUAUAAUAUUUUUUCACAUUAAGAUUUUGUAUUUCUUUAUUUGUAUACAGUUACAAACCUGCAUGUAUCAUAUUUUCAUGAACCUGAAAGACAAGGUACAAAGAGCUUGUUAUAUGAAUAUGUUUCAGUCAUGGGAUUUCCUACCAGUGGAAUCUGUUGUAUAUGCAUGCCAAUCAUGUGAAGUAUUGUAUACAAGAAGAUAGUACUUUGUCUUCCCACAUAUCCUUGUCCUUCCUAUUACAUAAUUUUAUCUUCAGUUCUCAUGUCAAACCAUCUAAGCUGUGCAAUUUUUUUUGUGUCCAUCUUGUCUUGGCCACCACUCUUCACUGGGGUGUCGGCUCAGUAUGGAGUACACUACGUAAGAUGUCUUAAUAAAAGACAAUUUAAUAACAAGCUGUCAUACUAUGCAAAGCAGCCCACAUAUUCCACAUCAAUUUUUUUUUUUUUUUUUUUUUUUGUUAUAAACAUUCUUAAAGUACUGUUAUAAAAAUUUAUCCCUACAUACCAAGCUGACAUUCCUGCAAAGAUGGGUAACCAACAUAAAGACAUACAUGCAAGCUCUCUCUCUCUCUCUCUCUCUCUCUCUCUCUCUCUCUCUCUCUCUCUCUCUCUCUCUCUCUUUUACACACAUACAUACAA